AUGGCGAAUCCACAUCAAUACUCGUACCGACCAUCUGUGGGUCGCAAUGUGACCAGGAAGUGGGCUGAAGCUCGCCAAGUCGAUUAUGGUGGUGAUGACUGGGGCCAGGACGACGGCUACGAGCCAGAGCCUGUGCAGCAGUCUUUGGCCCAAGGAGGCAGGAGCUUUACCAAUCCUGCCAUUAAUACAGGCUCCCGCCUGUCUUUCGAUCAUGCACCUGAGCAGAGGAACUUCUCAGCCGGCGCAAAUCCUCCCUCCUACGACUUCCCACCUGCCCAGAGUACCUCAGCCGGCCACUUCUAUCCACAGCAACCCUACAAUCAGCACAUGAUGCGCCAGGACCCUCCGGCCCGAACUUCGAUUGACUCAGCCCGGCGUCCUGAUAGCAGGAGCUCGAACCAUAGCUCAAGAUUCCCUCCUCGGAAAUCUAGUCUUGGUCAACAAGACUUCGCCGAGUACAAUCCACCGCAGCCUUAUACUGAUUCUAUGCCCCCUCCCCCUCCCGCACCUGAAUCUACCACGAAGCCUCUGCCCUUCAUCAGACCUGCCGAUAUCUACAAGAGGUUGGACGAAGAACGGGAGAAAGAGAGACGCCCCCAAGAAACAUCACGCCCUAGUAUGGACUCGAUCAGAAGAGGUGCUCGAGAAGACCCACCUCCUUUGCCAAACCAGGCAUUAUCUACGAGAACAAUGCCACCAUUUUCAGACACUACCACCAAGCGUCAGAAUGAGCUGGAGACAGAGAUGCCACCGAAGAUUCCUGCUCAGGCCAAAGCUCCGAACACGAACGUUCUGCGAGCUCCUUCUCGAUCGUUAACCUCAUCAACAUAUGCCGACAGCCCUGACAUCGAUUCAGCUACAGCUGGAGAGCCUCGCAUUCCUUCUAGAGAUAUCACCAACCGCGAUCCGCAGCCGAUAUCGUCAACCCUGCCUCAAAUCAGCCGUGUCUCAACCUUUGACUCUGACUUCUUCCAAUCUGGCAGCCCUUCCGCUCUCCGACAGCACGAUUCUAACCAAGAUCCUACUUUCCAGUCUCUAUCAGAGAACACAAGUAGCAAUAGAUUGCAACAACAACCUUCUCAAGGCUUUUCCUCCACAGCGAACGACGCCUCAAACUCACCUGCAACCACGGAUGCUUCUUUACUGAGAUCCAACACAACAAGCACUUCCCAAAUUAGCCCAAUUAUGGACGACUUCAACAACCAGUAUUUUGAUCGCACUCCAAACAGACCCGCUGCUCCAAUCAGCGACGCCGAGUCCACGACAAUUCCAUACGCAGGAGCGCAAGAGGAUGUCUUCUAUCCUCCCAAGAGGCCAGCUUCUAACAGGACAAACAGUCCAAGUCCUGCAAGAAGGCCCCAGAGUGCAAAAGCUCCUCCUGUGCCUGAGCCACAAUCUGCAGUAGCUUCUGCCGGAGAUGUUCUCGAUAGGGUAGCUGUGAUGGAGGCACAAGUCGCAAGACCAGGUCCAGCCGUGGUUACACAUCCACAACCAUUGGCUUCAAAGACUGAUCAUGCAAAUCCCAUGUUGCCAAAGCAAGACUCUUCUGUCUCUGUGGCAUCUGAUAAGCAACGCACUGCUUCUGAGGAAUGGGAAGACUGGUCGGCUGCCAGAAAAGAAGCUCACGCUCGUCACGGAAUACAGGACAGCAACCCUGCAACCCCUGGUCUACCUUCCUCGGAGAUGUCAUCACCGGACCUUAUGCCCAGCGGGCUGAAUCGGGGAUCUGCUAGAAGCAGCGAGUAUACACAAAAUCCACCCUCCGACAAGGUAGGCCUAUCUUCACAUCGCCCUCAGAUGCUUCGAGAUGAGAGUUUUAGGCCUCAGCUGCCUGGAGGUUGGAUGUCUACAAGCAGUGUGCAGAAGGCCGCACCUGCCCCAUUGGAACCAAGCAAACCGACACAUCCUCGACCACUAUUUGGCACAGCGCAUAGGAACGAUAGUGAAGCUAGUCUCCCGACUGCGAGAGCGCCGCAGGACAAUGACUGGAAAUCACAGUAUACUAGUGGUGUCCAGGCUCAAGCAUUUGCAGCUGUGGCCAACGCUGGCUCUGCCUUAGCUGGCAUAUUCUCCGGCCCUUCCCUGACGUCCACUGCACAUACAGAUUCCGAUGUUAGUAGCAUCAACGAAUCAGAAGGUCCGACAGGAACAUAUCGAGACGCAAAUACGAGAGCUAGAGAUUUCGCUGCCACUCCAGAGCCACAGUCACCACAAUAUGUCAAAGAAUCGGCAACACGCGACUUCGCCAACGCAGACGAUGCGACCCCUAGAGCCUUACAUACAGGCUCUCAAUAUGGCAAGCCAGUACCGAUAUCGACUCAUAUGAUCGAUCGUGCAAUGCCGAAGGCCGAAUCGAUUCGCACCGAAUCUCCCUCGAAGGAUUCGGUUAAUUGGUGGAGCGAAGAUGAGGACGAGCGCACGCCUGCACCUGCACCACUUCGUACGAACAGAUUGAGCACUUUCGAUCCUUCUCGUCAACCAGCCUCUCCAGUCAGAGUCCGCCCAGUUACUGACUCCCAUACUGACACAGACCAGCUGGAGUCGGACAUUGUGAAGAGUCUGACGCCAAAGUCAUCGACUAUACCUGAUACUGCCGAUAAGGAUGUAGCAACAACCUCGUCAGUACACGAUGAUACGCAUCGUGAGCAUGCACGCCCUACCUCGGCACCAUUCGCUGCUGCUGCUCUUGCUAUCUCGCCUAGCAGGGAGUAUGCAACUGUACGUGAUCAGGACAGCUCUCAACCACUUUCUGCUUUUAACGGAAACUCUGUUAAGUAUCAUCAGACAUCCGUGGCUGACUCUACUCAGGAGCCGACACGUCCUCUGUUCGAACCAGAGAAGCAGCACUCGCCAACGAUUGCACAAACAUUGCAGAAUCAGCUCGGAGGUAUCGCUGCUACAGUGGCAAGCAUGAUACCUGGAGUACCAACCACUUCCCGUAACCAUGAACCAGGACAGAAAGAGACCACAGCGAGGGCGGCCACACCUGAUGUCGGAGCCCAUGAACCCUCUCUUCAUGCUAGCACGAGUCCUGCUACGAAGAAUGAUGUUCGUGAGUUUUCUGGUACGAAUAUAGAUCGUGACGCAUAUACGUCAGCACGGGACUCAUACCAGCCUCCUGUUGAUCGCAACAGAACGCCUUCCGAUACUCUGAAAUCUAGUGAUCUUGCUGGAAGCCAAUCAGCCACAUUGCCACGCGAGGAAAGCAGGCUGCCAACUAGAAAAGAUUCGACUGAACGUGCUCCGAUGACGCCACCGAAGGAUCCGCCUAGACCAAUCACUUCGGUAGAUGAGACAACGUCAAGGUCAAGAAGCCCAAGCACAAGAACCUCAACACCACCAUCACCAAUCACGCCUCGAACACCGAAACAGGCAAUGUUACCAACUCAAUACAAUUCGAAUCGACCUUUUCCUGGGGAUAGAGUGCCAGUCACUCAGAUUGCUGGUAUGAGUACGGCUCAGGCUCGCAUACAUGCCUAUAAUGAGAACCGCGACGCAUAUGUGCAGCCCGUCGGACAUCUAGAAAACUGGCUGACGUACAUGAGUAAUUCUGGACAUGCAGACCUCUUUGUAGUUGGACCCACUAGUGCUAGCCCUUAUGCCCCUGAUAGUGCCCAGCGUCACGCCCGAGAGUCUAGUGGCACUCAAGGUGGGACGAGACAAAUGCAAGAAGAUGGGAAAAGGCUACUUGCUUCGGCUAGCAAGUAUGGACAGAAGGCUGGCAUACUCGGAAAGGGAUUGUUUGCAAAGGGCAAGGAAAAGCUUCGUACUGCCAGUGCUGGCCAAAAGGGUCUUCCUACCGAGCAAAGUCGAAAUGUCAGUACAUCCACGAUCAAUCAGAGACCAGUCGCAAUCAAUCAGAGGUCAUCGAUGACCGACCAAAUCCCAGCAAUUGUCGACGAGAAAUCAGCAUCAACCCGCAGCACCGCACCUCAAAUUCCAACUCCAGCGAUGUCCACGCCAAUAGAGGAGAGCACGUUGUCUAAAUAUUUCUCAACCAGCAACAGUGACGAUGUAUCACGAAACUUGGCGCCACUAAACACGACAGCUGGCCACCCUGCUUCGAGAACUGCAAUCAGGCCAGUGUUCUCGCCCGUAUCCGAGGCCAGCACAAACCAGACCGAAACCAACCUCAAACGUACUGUCAGCCCGGUGGGAGAACAACACGAACAGUCACCACAGUCAGCCGACACAGCUAGACCACGAACUUUUCCGACUUCUACAGCACGACAGAUGGAAACACCCACAAGGAAAGACACAAUUAAAUCAGCUGGUGGUGUCAGCGCCAUGGAUACUGACGAUGGGUAUAUAUCUACGGACCUAUAUCAUCCACGAGAUGCUAGAGACCUGAGGAGGGACUCGAGUGUAUCAGACGUUUCAGCUGUCAGUAACGAGCUGGAUCGGACCCAAACCCAAACCGAUAGAGCGGUCACGGCUGGCAUAAGUCCUGACUUGCAGCCUCAAAUCACCCGUGACGAUCCGAAGUACACGCCUUCUCAUGUCCAAGCUCCUGCAUCCGCAAGUCUACCACCAGCCGAUUUACAGCAGAAUCAUCAGCAUUCUGGCCACGCGCCCUCGUACUCUAGUGCAAUGGCUACAGCGCCUAUGCCGCAGCCUCAAUCAGCUAAAGAAGCAGAAGCUCAAGCUGAUAGACAAGAGGAAAGUUCUUUGCCAAGGUAUUCACAAAUCCCUGCUCCACCACCACGAAUACCGCAAGGUGCUCAGAUCGUCCCUAUAGCUCGUAUUAGGCAAGAUCAAGAGCCUCCUCGUGCUGAGACGAGUCGGCCGUUCUCCUUUGCAGGAUCGGAAAGUAUCCUCAAUGCUGGACAUGGCACGAACGGUUCGAUUGACCACGUAACAAGCAACGACGUCCACAGCUCUGGCUCGGCAGAACGUAACCUGCUGGCGCAGAUCUCUGGUCCCCACCAGACUCAAGCUUUACGCGAUCAAUAUGCAGGUAGUCCUCUGCCAAGUGCUCGACGUAACCCGGAAGAAUUCGCUGGCCGAACUCCAGAAGAGUUCGCGAAACUCCGCCAACCACAGCCCCAAGUCCAAACACAACCACAAGAAGAGGGCGGAUAUCGAAUACCCGGUCCAUAUGGACAGGAACUCAGAUCGCCACGACAGAAAACGUCGUCACCAUUGCUAGAACAACUACGUAGGACACCAGUCGAGCAGCAACAACCGGAAGAACGUAAUGGACCUUCGCAUACAUCAGCAAUACCAACCGAGAGCGUCGUCUAUAGGUUCGAUCAUGCUCAACGUCAUUACCCACAGGACAACGAGGCGGAUGCACGUUUGAGGCAGGAAGCUUCAUUCUCGCAACAACAGCAGGCACCGUUUGGCUCGCCAAUUGGGGAGCAACUCGAACGGGUUCACACAAGGAACCGACCAUCUCGAUUGACUUCGUUUUUCCGAAAUCGAUCCAAAUCUCGUUCACGGGCUCAGAAAGACGACAGACGAGCUCAACCAAGUGAAGACAUGCCGAGCACUAGCAGACGACCCAGUUUGCUGAACUUUGGUAGUAGGGGCAGCAUGUCGGGGAGUCGAGAGAAGUCGGCUCAGAGGUUGGAUUCCAGGGAGCCCAUGAUUGAGUCCAAUGCACGACCUGGUCAGGGUGGUCGAAAGAUCAGCAAAGAUCUUUUCAAAAGUACAACCUUUGGCCAGGCACAACAUGAACAGGUGACACCCUCAGAACAGUACGCUCAACCUGAACGAACGUCUGCCGGAAAGAAGAAAAGAUUCUCAGGCUUUUUUGGCAAGCCGUCUGCAAGAGACGAGCAACCACAAAGAGCGUCCACGCUCCCGACUAAUUCUCAGCAGCCACAGUUUCAACAAAGUACUGCUCACGACCGUCAAGACUACCCAGGCCAAUCUGAAGCCGAGACAAUGCACCAUGGUAGUCGACAAGGUCAACGGCCCAAUGACAAUCAACAAGAUCCUCGCAAAUCCUUCCAGGGCAUGGCUCCGCCUAGAGAGGGCUACUAUGGUGGGCAAGCAAACACGUUGCGCCAGCAGGCGCUCUCACCGAGUCACGACCGAAACCACACAGGACUUGAUGAUCCGGAUGCUCCGUUACAAGGUACUUGGCCAUAUCAGUACGGCAAUUUGCAUGAUCGCUAUGAUGGAAGAUCUCGUAACGAGGACUAUCACUCGCCUCAACAGCGACCUGAUUUGCCGCGACUGAACACAGGUGAUCACUCGUAUCAAGGUAAACAACAACCUUUGUCAGCUCCUGCAGGUCCUACGCACGACCAAGUGCCUCAACGAUCCCUGGCGACCACCAGCUAUCCAAACCGGCAGCAGCAGCAGCAGCAAUAUAGCCAUCGCAUCCCUGAACAGGCUCGAGAAGCUUAUCAGCCACCGUCAACACGUGUAAACAAAGACAUCUCUCAUGGUUCGGACACAAUCCAUCGUGCGAGUAGUCCGUCGCAAGCACAUAACCAGUCAUGGGAACGAGGACCACAAAAUGAGCCCAAAUCAUAUUCGAAUGCUCAUCCGCACAAAUUCCAGACCGAUGCGGUGUCUCGGAUCGCGGCCGAAAACCGCGCAGUCCAGCCUCAAAGCAACAUCUCACCACGCGUGAAGCAGUUGCACACUCGCUCGCGCUCACCGAAAAGAGGUCGCACAUCGUCCGAAGAUAUGAAUGCAGAAUUUCAGAAUUUUCCACCACACUCUGCAAGUCCAGUAUUAGGAUUGGGCACGUUCAACUCAAAGAAAGUCUCUCCAAUAGGUGUCACAAGGAGUGAGGCAGAUCAAGAGAAACCAUGGGCAAUUACGCUUCCAGAAGAUGAGCAACAAAAGCAAGGAGUCGAGGAUCCGAGCAGUGCGACAAGUGCGCGAGCACGAGAGAUGAGGCGAGUCAUGCUCGAGCGAACACCACAACAACCGCAACAGACAGCUCCCGCAGAGACAAGACCGCAGACUGUAGCCGACCGUUUCAUGAACCAUGGGCAAAGCAGUCAACAGCCGAAGACGAUUAUUGCAAGCCCGACUGCGAACUCCGACUCAGGCACGAAUGCGAGUAGUGGUGCCGUAUUAGCACCCCGAGCACAAAGUCCGAGUGUGACCAUCAACAAGAAUUCGAGCCUAAGAGGCAGGGGCCCAAUUAACCGCACUAUUACGCCUACCGACUUCGAAAAUUGCCAUCGUGAAGCUGGUCACGAAUCAUCCAUCUACACGAACAAGCGGCCGAGCACGGACGUCAGUGUCGCAAGCCUUUCAAGAGAGCCAUCACGUGGACAGUACGGUCGACACCAGCCCGCACUGGCUCCGCCCUCACUACCGCCACCUGCACCACUCGUAAGCCCGCCUCCAAUGCCGAAAGCCGUCAAGUCUGCAUUACCGACCUCCACGAAUGGUGCUACGACUCAUAAAAUGUCGCCAAGAAAUACUAGGGAUCAUGAUGCGGAAGUGUACGAAUUGUCUGGAAGUAAGCCGGAAGGAUAUGAGUCUGAGGAUGAGCCUAUGAUGAGUGCUACUGCCUAUCCGGGACAGGAGUGGCAGCCUGUUUUUGAUCGAUGGGAAGACUGA